GUUUCGGAUGUAUACACGGAAGUGAAUUGGUCCGCAUGUGUACAAAACGAAAGUGAACGGUAUUGGUUGUGAUAUAACAAGCUUAGAUAGAGAAUGACUCUACAGUUGAUGGAUAACUACAUGGAUCAGCUAGAAUCCUGGAUAUGCACGGGACCCAAGAUCUUCAGCCUGCUCUACAAGAUAACCAGGGACGGCUGUAACGCUACAACAUUCCACCAUAAGUGUGACAACCAGGGACCCACGGUCACUGUUCUCUACAACCAACAAGGAUCGGUGUAUGGGGGAUAUGCGAGUGAGAGCUGGACCAGCAGCAACAAAUAUAUACAAGAUGCAAACGCUUUUAUUUUUCAACUGAGGUAUUCAGGCAGCAAUAAACCAACCAAGUUUCCAAAUAAAAAAUACAAAUAUUGGAAGUGGUUUGUAUGGCGGUUCUACGUAUGGACCAACUUUUGGUAGUGGACACAUCUACUGUCUUUCACUGGUGCGAUCAACAUCUCUGGUGGUUAUUUCUCUCUCAACGGCGGAAUAAAUCCAACUAACUUCGACUACCAAGGCCUUACUUCCGACAAAAUAAACAAUGGCAACAUGCAAGUGACCGAUUUGGAGGUAUACGGCAUAACAGAUGGGCAGCGGAUAAAGACUCCUCAACAACCGUGGAGAAAAACUCCGGAAUGGAAUAAAAAGUACCUGGAGACACUUACCGAGGAAAUCGUGUCGUUCAAACCUUGCUGUGAGAUGGGACUGUCAGAGGUCCGGAUACUGAUGCUGGGUCCAGUGGGGAUGGGCAAGUCCAGCUUCUACAACACCAUCAACUCGGUGUUCAAGGGCCGUAUCUCGCAAAGUGCUCCCUGUGGGAUCUCCGCCAAUGGAAUAACAAUUGCGUACACCCCUUAUGAGGUCAAGGUGCGUUCUGGAGCGACGUUGAAUUUCCGACUCUGUGACACACGUGGUCUAGAAGUCCCUCAAGGUCUUGACAUUCUGGAGUGUAACUACUUGCUGCAUGGAAAUAUUCCAGAUCAUUACGAAUUUAACCCAGCCGCAUCAUUCUGCCCCGACAAUCCCGGGUUUGUACAUCUUCCAAAGGUUGCUGAAAAGAUCCACUGCGUUCUGUUUGUGCUCGACGCUGCAUCUGUUAGCGACAUGCAACCGAAAUUGGUCGAGAAGAUGCAAAUUUUCCAACGACUUGUGAAUCGCAAAGGAAUUCCACAAGCAGUGCUCCUCACUAAAGUCGACCUUGUCUGUCAGGAUGUUGAAAGUAACACAUCCAACGUUUUCACGAGCAAAAAUAUUGAGGCCGCUGUGAACAAGGUAUCCGGCCUUCUCGGGUUGCCUAGAAACAACAUACUUCCGGUGAAGAAUUACGAGAAUGAGAUAGAGCUGGAUGACAACAUCAGCAUCCUGGCGUUACUUGCAAUGCGUCAGCUACUGUACUUUGCAGAGGAUUACAUUCAGGUCCUUCACAACAAACUGAAAGUGUGCAAUGUUUCUAACAAGAAGCUGGAUAAACGAGAAUCAUAAGAAAAAAGCAGUUACCAAGAAUAAUAGAAGACACCGCUUUGCUUUUCUCAAUUGACUUUUAAUGGAAAAUAAAUGUGUAGAUCACGUUACUUUAACUAUUUAAUCGGAUACUUAACUAAGAGGUUUAAAAAAGUUCAACGGAACUUUAAUAUUCGUGAAGGCUUCGAGUUAUUGAAUGCAAAUGGUUAAUUAUCUACUAACAAAUGUAAUAUGUCUAAUAUCGAUAGGUAUAUAAACAAAGGAAUUAUUUAUGAUGUGUGCUUUAAUUCGUAACAUUAUUUUACAUUUGUGAUGUUUGUA